UCAAAAUAGACAUCCAUACACCAUUCGAUAGAGAAUUUCAAGGGCUACAUUUUGCACUAGUUACAUUAAAGAAAUGAGCCACUUUAAUUUUUCGCCUAAUGUCCGCCUGGAUGCCCACUGUGUGAGUUAUAUGUACUACACUUCAAAGAAAACGUGUUCUUCGAGGUUUCAGAGAACGAGUUGAAGAUCUCAUUUAAGUUCUAUGAAAUAUGAAGAACUUAAUUUCUAGUUUUCGAUAAAAAAUGAGUUUUCACUCAUUUUAGUUUUUCAGAAACUUUGUUUUUAAAGUUUUGGAAAACACAAUAUUUCUUUUGAGUUCUCUGCAGAUCUCGAGUUGCAAAAGGAAAAGAAAAUCACAUAUUUCAAUCACCGCUUUUGUUUUGCUCCUAAUAUUUGUAAAGGACAUGAUCUUUUCUUACAGAAGCUUAAACUUGUUCUCAGAAAGUUCUGUUUAUGUACAACAAGGUGCACACUGCAAGAACAUGUUUGUUCUUGAUAACAGAGUUUUAAAAUUCGAUUCGAACCCAACGAAUCGAGUACCCGGGUCGAAUGAGGCUUCAGAUGACAAUCGAGUUAGGAUGUGGGUUACAUAGCUUUCUCUACUUGUGCAGGUUUCCAGUUGACGAUGUUUAUACUGAAUAAACGAAUAAUUCUACAUAUGAUCACAGAUAUCAUACUGAUUACAAAGCGUUGACUGGUGAAAAGAGGAAUUAAGAUGCAGAUUUUUGAAAAAGUCGAAAAAAAGAAAUGUAUUUUUCGGCCUGAUGUUUUCUGGAAGAGAAAUGUCCUAAAUAGGGAUUUUAAAAAGGAAAAACUCAAUUUCUGUUCUUCCGGAAAAUGAAAAAAUCAGUUUUACAAAUUAUCAGAAAACAUAUCAAGUCACUGUUUCGGACAAGUGAAAAACACAGUUUCAGUUUUCUGAAGAAGUCCGCUUUUUUAGAGUAUAGCGAGAAAAGGUAGAUGUAAUUUCUGUGCGAAUCGCUAGAUGGAUGAUACUCAACUAACCAGAACUUUUAGGAUCAUCUCGAUCAAUAUCACUCAAAUAUCAAAUGUAAGUAUUGUCAUGAAUUGUUUCCAUCGUCCGGUCAAUUAAACAAUCAUGAAAUCCCAUGUUCAAAAGAGGAAUUACACUGUCCAUUAGCUAAAUAUGGAUGCGCCGAUCAGACAACUCGAGGUGAAUUUGCCUUACAUUUACUAAGGGAACCACAUCAAAGAGCUUUAGUGUCAGCCUGCACAGAAAUCCAGACUCAAACUGAAUUACUGGCCCGUAGUACCCAGGCAACGACAGUCGUGACGGACCCUCAUUCUCUUAACGUUAUCAAGCAAGAAGAAGUUGAACCACAAAAUAUGGAACUUGGAAUGAUGGAUUCUCGCAGCUUCAGUAGUACGUCAAAUAUUAUUCCUCAAAGUGCAAGUCAUACGGAUGAUCUGUUCAGAGAAUCAAAAAAAUGUUCUGAUACAUUAGUAAUAUUGAAUGAAUCUAUUCAGAGAUUAUCGGAAGAUACGAGUCGAUUAAACACUGACUCUCAACGUCUAAAUCAGCUCUUACAAUCAGCUCAGAAGGAAAUAAAGGAAAUUAAACUAUCCGUGGAUGAAACAGAUACGUAUUUAACUGGGUUAGCACCAAAUCAAGAGAUCUUACAACAAGAAUUGUCAAGUAUAAAAGAAAAGGUGGAUGAUAUUGAAUACGUUUUUAUUGAUGGUUCACUAACUUGGAAAGUGACCAAUGUUUCCGAGAAAAUGGCAGAUGCUCAAAGUGAAAGACAAACAUCCAUUUACUCGCCUCCCUUCUACUCCUCGUUACAUGGAUACAAGAUGCGAGUACGACUAUAUCUUCAUGGAGAUGGAAACGCUCGCCGCACGCACAUGUCACUCUUUUUCGUGCUCAUGCGAGGUGAUUAUGAUGCUAUUUUGAAAUGGCCGUUCAGUCACAAAGUCACCUUUUGUUUAUUUGACCAAUCAGGUCAGAAUCGACAUGUGAUCGACUCAUUUCGUCCUGAUACCAAGUCAAAUAGUUUUCAGAGACCACGCUCAGAAAUGAAUAUCGCUAGUGGGAUUCCGAAAUUUUUUCCAUUACCAAUGAUUCAGCAGGAUGACAACAACUACGUUAAGGAAGAUACAAUGUUCAUCAAAGUGAUAGUGGACUUUGCAGAACUACCCAAGAUGAUACUACCUUUCGCACUCAGUUUGAAUCCUGGACUACCGCUUCACGUCCAACAACAUUUGAUCCAAACAGAAAUUCAGAAAAGACAGCAGGCUACUUUAACGUCGAGCGCUAGCACAACUGCAGCAGCAAGCUCAUGUGGAUAG